CGCUUGUGCUUGCAGCUUCAUGCGCAUUACACGCUAAGGAGGGGCUCACAGUCUGUCACCUGCCUCGAUUAUAAAAAACUGAAUCCGAUUCCUUACGAGAAUGACCACAAUUCGGAAUAUGUAGAAGACCGCAAUCGGAGCUUCGGACCUCAUCGGAGUUAUAACGUCAUGUCUUUCUGUUGAUAGCUUCUUGUUAUGUGCCUUCGGUUGCUGCUGUAUGCGAUCGUCAUGAUAUGAUUCAUCGUUCUCUCGUUUUCGAUCUGCCUCGCGAAUCCCCUCCGUGAAUUCGACUUGUUGGUCGUUUUGCAGCGGUACCGUGUGAAUGCAAGUAGCUCUACAGUCUAUGUCAGUAUCAUAGUUUUGAUCCAUCGACGGUCGUAACAUUCGAAAUUUCUGCUGCACCCCUGAAUUCCCUCAUCAUUUGGGGCUGGAUAAUUUUCUCGCGAGUUACUUACUAAUAUCACUAUCUGCCGUUUUCAGUUUUGCUCUCGUCUCCCAAGAAAUAUGUAGUGGAAAAGUUGUAAGCACCAACUAGGAACUCGAACUUCAUAACAAAAUUUUCUAUCUUCAAGAACGAGAAUCUCAACCUCAACAAGUAUCUCUUGAAAGAGCGACCUUGACCCAGAAACAGAAUGUCACAUCUGGACGUGGGCGAUUCUCUGAAGCGCCGCCGUGUGUCGGGUGGCGCAAGCAUCGAAAUUGACUGCAACAAAAAGCAGCGUCACAUCAAAAUCGAAGAGAAAACUUUAAAGCGUGCGUUUGAAGAUGCUCUCAGCAUUUAUGAAAUGGAUCCGAGAUUGAAAACCGCAGGAAUCGAAGCAGGUGUGAAGGCCGUUUUGGACUUGCAUGGGAAGACAGAGAUCGCAGCAGAAGUAGAAGCCGACACGAAGGUAAAGCAGGCGGUCACAGAGGAUGAACAUCAGCCGUCUGCGUCUGCAGCGGAAGCCGAAAAGCGGGACACGCCGUAAGGCGGAUUUUCGAAAUCAAAAUCAUAUUUUUAUUCAUGAAAAAUUUUGAUUUAUUUCAUUUUGAUAUCGGUAAAUCUUGUCCAUACGUUGCUCAUGUGGGCAUGGUCUCAUCUUGUUUGAUAUCUAUACUUCCUCAGUUCUCCAAACAUCAAAUCCUGCUUAUCCUUGUGAAUAUGGUAUUAUUGAAUUAUCUAUGUAACCAGCAUGCCACUCCCACUCGGAUCUCAGGUGUGGCGAUGAUGGUCUUUCUAAUUUUGAAGGUUUCGUCCUGAAUGACGAUGGAGACCUGUUCGGCGACGCCCUCGGCUGCCCGUUCUCGGAUUUCAUCGUGAAUGAUGGCGAAGGUCUGUUUGGUGAGCCCCUAAACGUUGCGCGCGCGGCUGAUAAGGAUUUAUUUCCUUCUAAGGAGGUUCCCGUCGCAGAUCGCUUAGUUGCUGGUACUACUAUGUUUCGGCCAGCACCAGUCCUGCCACCUCUUGACAGGCAGCAACUCGGCGAGCUUCUGGGACAGCGCUUCGUUGGCGGAAAGAAGCAAGCAACCGGAUCGACCUACGGUAAGUGCAAGGCUUGUGGGAACGAUUCGUUCGACUACUGUAAGAUUUGUCGCAAAGAGUGGUGCGAUGAGUGUGACUGCCUUCGAGGAAAGAAGUCCGCGACAAUCAGAGAUGGUAAUUGGUGCGAUGAUUGCGGUCGCUACUUCUGCGAGGACUGCUUGCAUCAACACGAGAACGCGAUUUUCUGGUGCAAGACGUGCGAGCAGGCUUUUUGCGAAAAGUGUCGAUGCGAGCACGCUUCGUGUUUGACAUGUGGUGAGCUCGAUACGAAUUGCGAGUGUCAUGAUUGCAUCUGGUGAGUGCAACGCGAAACGCUACUGUCUCGGUUUCUGAGACAAAGGUUAUCAGUUUGAUGUACAACUUGCUGGUAAAUACCGUCAUAUUCAUUUUCUUGAAAAUGAUCGUUGUACUUGUAGAAGGUCAUCGUCGUGGAGGGAGCAACGACACGUAUCAACUUCAAUGAAUUACUAGGACCUCGAAGGCAGGUAUCAAUAUUCAUCUUCAUCUUCAUGUAUCAUAAUCGUGAUGACCAUCAUGCUGAGCACGAGCAUGAGCAGCAUUUUUCAAUCUUCCAGAGUAGUAAGAACUAUUCCCUUUUUGCAUCAUGAAUUUUAAGCAUUCAUGUAUCAUAAUCGUGAUGACCAUCAUGCUGAGCACGAGCAUGAGCAGCAUUUUUCAAUCUUCCAGAGUAGUAAGAACUAUUCCCUUUUUGCAUCAUGAAUUUUAAGCAUUCAUGUAUCAUAAUCGUGAUGACCAUCAUGCUGAGCACGAGCAUGAGCAGCAUUUUUCAAUCUUCCAGAGUAGUAAGAACUAUUCCCUUUUUGCAUCAUGAAUUUUAAGCAUUCUCCGAAUUAUCUACAAACGAGGAAUUCCUUCUUAAUUCAAAAAAUCAAUUUGAAGAGAAAGUGUAUGUAUAAAUGGAUAUCUACGAAGUAGCGGACAGCAUCAGUGAGAGCAUAAUUAAUUGACCAACAAACUACUAGAAUUAGAAGGAACUGAACAAGAAAUAUAGAAAAUGUCCUGAAUGAAACGAUUUCUUAGAUAUUGUCAUUGAUUGUAGCAGUUUUGCCCCAUGCUCAUUGAGCAUGGGGAUUGAAAGCCGACAUUUAUCGAUCAUGCAGACUCGUAGCAAUCGUAGGGGGCACUCUGCCCAAAAAAGAGUGUUUCCGGUGAAAAAGUGACUGCGUAGUUAUAGCAUAUUCAAGAUCAAGAAGUAGUACAAGUACCGGCUUAAUAUUAUGUACUAGAUGACAAUGAGCUUCAACACCAUCACCAACAACUACUGCUACGGCUACAGCUUGUUCAAAUAAUCGAUCGAACUACGAGUCAGUACAAAAAUGUAACAUUCAUCCUCAUUUCCUAUAAUGCUACACUACUUUGAGGUCGAACGAUUUCUCUUCGUCUACACUUUUGCACAUCAGGAGGUUGCAACCGAUAGCCACCUGAUAUUGAGUCAUCAGGUUUCUGUCACUCACACUGAGUUUUCAAAAAUACUAGAAGUGAAUCACGUACAAGGCGAAUGUGUAAUCCGAUAAAGAUGCGAUCAGUGCAACCAGCAGCGGCAAGAGCGAGGGCGCGCGAGUGGCGUUUUACCUAACAAGACAAAAGGCAGAGUCACCUUUGUGCCAGCAUGUGCAUCGGAGCACUUGCUGCGACGUCUACACCAAGCGCAAGGCAAGCUAAGUAGACUUUUUUGAGUGACCUGCAGCGUCCGUCUCAGCGAGACUAAGAAGCAUAUCGGUGUUAUUAGCUGGGAGUUGAGCAGCUCCAAUUGUUUUCUCAACAUCAUCUUCACAUGAUCAAAUUGAUCCAGUUGCAGCACACAUUUGAUCGGAUUUUGCAG